AUGGCAAAGGAAAGCUAUGACAAAAUGAGUCCUCUUGAUUGGUGGCGUUCUUAUGGUGGCCGAGCCAUUGAACUACAAAGACUUGCUAAACGUAUAGUUAGUCUUUAUGCUUCAUCAUCUGGUUGUGAGAGAUGCUGGAGUACCUUCAAUUUUAUGCAUACAAAGAAAAGGAAUAGGCUGCUGCACAAGAGAUUGAAUGAUAUUGUUUUUGUUUCAUACAAUCGGAAGAUGAGAACAAGGGUUCAGCUUAUGCGUGAGAAGGCAGGCAAGAAAUAUGACCCUUUGGUCAUUGAGGAGUUUGAUUGGGACAAUGAAUGGGCUGAUUCAUUGCAUGUGCCCAUUCCGGGUGCUCAAGGGUCUGAUGCUAUCAAUGAGCUCACAUGGCAGCAUGUUGAUGAAACCACCGGUGCAUCACAAGCGCUGCAGGGUUGUAAUCUUCCUAGGAGAGCUACUGCUACUCAACAUUAUAGUCGUUCAAGAAAUGUUCCUGUUCCUGCUACUGAAGAUGGAGAAGAGGAAGAUGAAGUUGAAGACCCACAUGAUGAUGCGGAAGUGAGCGAGUGUGAAGAAGAUGGCAAUGUUCCUGCUACUAAAGACAGGGCUGUUGAUCCUGAUGAGUUUGAUGAUGGAUUUUGA